UAUUCCAUGUUGGAAGGUCAACGAUUGUGUAAGGAAAAUUAAAUGAAACAUUAAAUAAUCUUCCUACGUAUGAGCAGGCAUUUUCUGUUGAUGUUGAUGUUGGUGGGCGCGCACUCCAAGAAAACAAACUCUCAUGAGAACAAAAAUGGGAUUUCAAGACUGCUGAUACAGGUCGUAACUUCUGUCCGAAUUGUAUCAUCUUUUUCACUCGUUCAUAAUAUUUUAGCCUCAGGAGCCUGCCAAGGUGCACCAUACAAGAAACCCCAAAAGAGGUGCAUUUAGGGUUAUUACAAGAAAUCCUAAAGGACAACGCGGCGAGGAACAGAUUUAGGCAGCUCAGAAAACAUCGGCCCAAUGGAUUCCAUGCAGGAGAAAUCUGAUGGACAACAGCACCCUUUUGGUACGUUUUGCUAUGCGAUGGCCGGCAUUUUAAUUCCAUGCACGGCCGUUUUGGUAUGUCUUGGAUUUCUUGGCAUAACCACCGCCAUGAAUGCUAAUGGUCUUUUUCUCAAUGUAUUUGGAUUGGGUGCUAUUGUUGCAUCUUUUAUCGUCGCAGUAUUACUCGUGAUAACUACGGCUCGGGGAACGGAUCGUACAAUUUUCCUCACCUUUUUGAAUUCAACGAUACUUUCCUUGUCGGGUUUCCUUGCAGCUUUUUACACUGUGCAGCCGUCAUCGUAUAUUAUCAGUCUUGGUUUUGUUAUAAGUUUAGCAUGCAUGGCUUUUGAUUGGUUUGAAAUAUGGUCUCGCUGACUUGGAGGCCUGUAGAGUACUCAGAAUUUAUCAAGACUCUAUGAAAACAGCUUUUUCUGUGAACAGGAUGAAAAACUUUUUAACCCAUUCUGUUUUACAGUAGAUAAUGGAUUCUCUUUUUCAGUAGAUAUAUAGAGCAAGGCAGAAAUGGCCCGCCAGGCUGUAGCACUAAAGGGUUCUGGUUGGUUUUUAUCAUGUCAAUGUGCUUAGCAUCAGGACGAGGCCAUAUUUCUUUAUGUUUAUAAUACAUAAUACCAAGCUUUCCAUGUUUUUAUGGGAUAGACUUUGUUACUUGUAAUCAGAUAUUUGAGUUACAGUAAAAUCAAUUUGAUAUUUCAAUA